UAUUGUACACUGUCUACUCAUGUACAGAUUAAUGCAGAGUUUCUGCGGGUUACUGCAGUUCCCCUGCUAACCAGAUUCAUGGCCCAGCUGGACAAGCACUCCCCACAGCUACUUAAAAUAAUCAGAAAGAAAGGAGGGACAACCAAAGCAAAAACUGCCAUAAUCCUAGAGUUUCUUGAUCAGGAUGCUGAUGCUGACAUUAGGAGGGAGUGUAUACUUAAAUCUCUCAUUAUCUACCUUGGAGAACGUGUUGAGGACUUGAUAAAAGAAUACAUGAUAUCCCAGAAAGAUGAAGCUGAGGAAGAGCUGCAGAGUACCACCAUGGCACUCUUCGUCUUCAGGGACAACUCAAGCCUCCUACAUCAGCCUCGAGACAUCGGGAUAAUCAUUGAUGGUGUGGAAGUCCUGAAUGAGUUGCCUUCUGUGGCAGCUGGAGUGGCAAUGGUCUUUGGACUCUGUUAUGCUCUUAAUAUGGAAUAUCCACGAGGAUUCAGGUUCACCUUUGAGGCUCUUCAAAAGAUUAUGAUGGAGCUUGACUUUAACAAGAUGACCUCUAAGAUUCGCAAACUUAAUUGUGAACUUAACACUGCACAGUAGUGUGUUUGCAUGCAUGUGUGCAUGUGUAUGUGCACAUGCAUGUGCAUGUGUGCUUGGUUAUUUUGCUUGGUUGGCCUGCAGUGGUAUUCUACAUUCAAAAAUUAUAAGAACACCCAUUUGAAAGGGAGAUUUAAGUUGAUUUCAUU